AAAUUAGUAAAGUUUUAUGCUACGGAGUAGUCAUUAUAAAGACACGCUGCAUAAUUAUUACGCAUUGACACACUAGUAAUUGGAAGUGGAUUCCAAAUUCCGCGCCGGACCCGCCGCCAGUUUAUUCCUCUUCCUCAUACAACCGGCGGCUUUAGAGAAAGAAGUUGGUCAAAUUAAUCAAAAAAAUUACUCGUAAUUGGCUUUUUUGGUUUGUCGCGCGGUUGACCAAACAAAUCCGAUCCCGGCCUUUCCUUUAAAGUCUAGUGCAGCUUAGCUAACUUGGAGGACGGGGAAUCUAUCUAGCUAGCUUCUCGUUAUAUAUAGUCACGUGCAUUCACAUUCGUCUCGCCACCUUUUCAUCACUGUGAAUCCGAUUCAAACUAAUUAAGCUGUGUUACAGCAGAUACGGAGACGAAGAAGAUCGAAGGAGAUCGAUGAUGAACGGAGGAGAGAUCAAUUCUCAGAUGAUGAAGGUUGUCAAAGGAGAGUUCGGCUACGUCCUCGAAGAUGUUCCUCACCUCACUGAUUACAUCUCUCAUCUUCCUACUUAUCCAAACCCAUUGCGGUCCAAUCCUGCAUAUUCAGUUGUCAAGCAGUACUUUGUUGACAUGGAGGAUACAGUUCCCAAAAAGAUUGUUGUUCACAGUGAUAGUCCCAGAGGGGUCCAUUUUAGACGUGCCGGUCCUCGUCAGAAGGUGUGUUUUAGUUCAGAUGACGUGCAUGCUUGCAUUGUAACAUGUGGCGGUUUAUGCCCUGGGCUAAAUACUGUGAUCAGGGAAAUUGUUCAUAGCCUUGACUACAUGUAUGGUGUCAGAAAAAUCAUUGGAAUAGAAGGAGGCUACAGGGGAUUUUAUGCCAAGAAUACCAUUGAUUUAACUCCAAAGCUUGUAAACAACAUACACAAGCGUGGUGGUACAAUCCUUCGAUCAUCACGAGGAGGUCACGACACAAAAAAAAUUGUAGAUAAUAUACAAGAUCGUGGGAUUAAUCAGGUCUAUAUUAUUGGAGGGGACGGAACCCAAAAAGGGGCUGCUGCUAUCUAUGAGGAAGUAAGAUGCCGAGGUCUCAAAGUUUCGGUUGCUGGGAUCCCCAAGACAAUUGAUAAUGAUAUUCCAGUAAUUGAUAAAUCGUUUGGUUUUGAUACUGCUGUAGAAGAGGCUCAACGUGCCAUCAAUGCAGCUCACGUUGAAGCCGAGAGUGCAGAAAAUGGUAUCGGUUUGGUUAAGCUAAUGGGUCGCUAUAGUGGGUUCAUUGCAAUGUAUGCUACAUUGGCUAGCAGAGAUGUUGAUUGCUGUUUGAUUCCAGAAUCACCCUUCUAUCUUGAAGGACAGGGUGGGCUUCUUGAGUAUAUCGAAAAAAGGCUCAAGGAAAAUGGGCACAUGGUUAUUGUGACAGCUGAAGGAGCUGGACAGGAACUUAUUGCUGCUGAGACUGCUACAGCUAAGUCCGAGAAAGAUGCUUCCGGAAACCAUCUUCUCCAAGAUGUUGGUAUGUGGCUUUCCCAGAAAAUCAAGGAUUAUUCUAAAGAGAGACAAUUUCCAAUUACUCUUAAAUAUAUAGAUCCAACUUAUAUGAUCCGUGCCAUCCCAAGUAAUGCAUCUGACAAUGUUUAUUGUGCAUUGCUUGCUCAAAGUGCUGUGCAUGGAGCAAUGGCUGGGUUUACGGGCUUCACAUGUGGGCUUGUCAAUGGUCGCCAGACUUACAUCCCAUUUAAUCGAAUUAUAGAGCAGCAAAACAAUGUUGUGAUUACUGAUAGGAUGUGGGCCCGGCUCCUUUCUUCAACAAACCAGCCAAGCUUCUUGUGUCCUAAGGUGGUGGAGAGGUCCAGGGAAGAGGAGAAAGAGCUAACUCAGCUGGUCGCUGUGGAUAAUGGCCAGACACCAGACGAUUCUUUUACAACACCAUCAUAGAUUGAUAUUGAUAUAUACACAUACACAUAUUACACAUACACGUCGUACCGAGUAUAUUUUUUCUGAAGGAGGCGAAAAUGGCAUGCACACCAUAGCUACGUACGGUAUAGUUGAUAUGUAGACGCUAAUUUAUACUCCAAUAAUAGGUGAUUGAACAAGUGGAAUAAAAUAUAUUUGCAUCAUUUAAUAUUAGAAAACAUCCUCAACUAUUGUGGUCUGAGGGCUUUUCACGUGGUCUGAUAAUCUGAUUUGAUGAUCAACUUCCAAUCCGUACCAAAUUUAGUCCAGUUGGUAUACCGUGGGAGCAGCCCACACUGAACAUGGUGCUCCCAUGCACAGUCAAAACACGCGUGUACUUUCAUGCGUGAACAGUAAUAUUUUUUUUUUGUUGGUUAAUGUCUCAAUAGCAGGGUAUGAUGUAACUUAUGUUGAUAAGAAACGUAACUUGUUUAAUACGAAGUAUAUAUGAAAAAACAUUAAUUUCAAUGUAAACAAUCAAAGCAGG